CACACACAGAGAGCUUCUACCCGCAUUGGAUUUGGCUCUGGGCACAACAACCCCGAGGCUGUUAGAAGUGCAAAGAGUAAGCUGCGUGGAAACUUUAGAAGCCGCCGCGAGGUCCCACCGGUGGCAUGGACGCCCUCGCUCCCAAUUCCACGGCCACGUCGCUCGCGGGGGUCAACGCGAGCGCCAACGUCACCUUCGCGGCCCUGUCGCCGCCACCCGGCCACUACACGGCCACGUACCGCGCCGUGUCGCUCGCCCUCGUGCUCGCCAUCUGCGGCGCGGGCAUCGUGGGCAACGUCAUGAUCGUGUUGGUGGUGGUGAGGACCAAGCACAUGCGCACGCCCACCAACUACUACCUGGGCAGCCUGGCCAUCGCCGAUCUCCUCGUGCUGCUCGCCGCCGGGCUCCCCAACGUCUCGGACAGCCUGGCCGAGAGCUGGGUGUACGGCUACGCGGGCUGCCUCGCCAUCACGUACCUGCAGUACCUGGGCAUCAACGUGUCCUCGUGCUCCAUCACGGCGUUCACUCUGGAGCGGUACCUCGCCAUCUGCCACCCGAUCCGCGCGCAGUCGCUGUGUACCGUGUCGCGGGCCAAGCGCAUCCUGGCGCUCGUGUGGAGCAGCACGGCCAUCUACUGCCUCAUCUGGUUCUUCCUCGUCGACGUGCACCCGCGCAGCCGAGGAGGGGGCGGAGGAGAAGAGCCGCGCUCGAACGUCACAGAGUGUGGCUAUCGCGUCAGCCGCAACCUCUACCUGCCCAUCUACUUCUUCGACUUUGCUGCGUUCUACGUGCUGCCGCUGGUGCUCGCCUGCGUGCUCUAUGCGCUCAUCGCCCGCGUGCUCGCCAAGGGGGCGGCCGCCGCUGCUGCCAACCCAUCCUGCCUCGCCUCGCCGGCACCCGUUCCGCUCCUGCCGCCUCCUACCGCGUCGCGGACGCUGGCGACGCCGGCCGUGCCGCUCUCGCUGCCCCUGGCCGCCGUAUGCUCGGGCGCGGUGCCGUCCGUCAAUCGCCGGGGCAAGAGCGCCUACUCCUCCCGCAAGCAGGUGACCAAAAUGCUUGCGGUCGUGGUCCUGCUCUUCGCCAUGCUGUGGCUGCCCUACCGCAUGCUGGUGGUGGUCAACUCCUUCGUGUCGUCGCCGUACCACGACGCGUGGUUCCUGCUCUUCUGCCGCCUCUGCCUGUACGCCAACAGCGCCAUCAACCCCGUCGUCUACAACGCCAUGUCACAGAAAUUCCGCGCCGCCUUCCGCAAGCUGUGCGGCUGCUGCCCUUGCGGCGGCGGAGGCGUCGGAGGAGGAGGAGGAGGCCGGGGCAAACAGUCGGGACGACGGUGGCGUGGCGACGGCGGCGGCGGCGGCGGCAUCGCGGGCGGUGGUUGGAGGGGGCGGCCGUGGUUCUGGUACGGCUUUCACGACGGCCGCGGUGACAGCGGGCGCACGACGUCCUACAGCCAGCACCGCGGCUGCGGCUACGACGCGCGAGACAGCUCCACGACGCGCUGCAGCCCCAGCCCCGACCGCUACAGCCUCAGCACGCAGGAGUCGGCCGCCGUGGCCGCCGUGGCAGCGGCCGCCUUCCACUGGGGGAGCGGCGGCGGCGGUGCCGGAGGAGGAGGCGACGCGCGACGGCCGACGGCGGGAGACGCGGGGGGCGGAGGGCAGGCCCGGUCCGACCACUGCCACCCGCCGCAGAGGAGCGUGAGCUUCUCCAGGGUGUGAUUGCCCCACAGCUACCACCACCAACCUCCCCUCCCCGCACCCCCGUUUCCCCACCACUACCCCGUCUUCGAGUGAUUUUGCUCUUGCGGAAGACGCUGAGAUGUGCCGGCUCCAAGUGGAAACGGAAGCUGAGCCAGUUUGAAACCUCUGCCGGUCGAUGAUGAGAGCGGCUGCUGUUUUAGUCCAUGUGACGGCAAGUGACGGAUGCGCACGGCGCGUUCCUUGAACUCGAGUGACACGAUGCGAAUGUGGGAAAGGCCUGGAAGUGAUUGCCAGAAGCAGCUAUGUGGAACAUUGACUCAGUACAAGGUCCCAGGAUGCGUUUGUUCCCCAAAGUAUUCCACAGAUAGUGGCGUUUUCAGCAAUUGCUUUCAUUACAGUUGAGCGGGCAAAAUGUUUGUAAUGACAUUUUCGCUUCUUAUGAAUAAUAUUUUUUUAAGUUUCAUUCGUUUAAAUCAAGUGAAAAAGGUAAAUUGGUGAUGAAAUUACAAUUGAAUCGACACACUGCAUAAUGGCAUUGCUUGUAAUGUGCCAAGCAAAUUAAAGGAAAUAGCGGAUCAUGUAAGUACGUGCAAUUUUAAAUGCGCAAUUCUUAUAAGCUAUGUUAUCACGAGUCCAUAUGUGAUACCUGUCUUUUAACUUGUGACCAACAGAGUAUCGGUUUUCUUCCUAAACACGAAACUUCAAAAAUAUAUAUAUUUUUAAAACAGCACCUAGGGACUUUUUGAAAAUAAAAAAAAUUACUUGUCACUGCUACCAUCCAGUAAAAUAAAUUAUUUUAGGUCACCUGCUGUUGGUGUUGAUGAAUGUAUAGAGUGUAUCUUCCUGUUCGAUAGAUGGAUCAGUAUUCUUGAUUUUCACUUAUACAGUUGCUCCAUGCUUUUUAAGUCUUCAACCGUAAUUGAUGAAGUCUAAACAUCGUAAUUGUUUCUGGCACCCUCGUGUAUAUGUUAACUAUUCGUGCUGUAGAAGAAAUUUUAUUCCGAGUAUACAAUAUUUGUACAGAUGUAAUUUUCUUGCAUUAAUUAAUGAAUCACACAGACGUUUUACAUGACACUGACCUCCAUUGCUGUCAAUCAAAUCUCUGAAUUAAUUUCAAGGUCAUAAAGCCAGUGAAGACUGUUUCUCUCAACCCUCAAUGUUAGGUUAUGUGGUAACCUUACAUGCGUUGUGUGCAUGUGUCCUCGUCUAAAAAUAUAUAUAAGAGACAAACCAUACAUUUUCCACAAACAAACAGAUUCUAUUUUAUUACUUCCCUUCUACGUGACUUUACCGAAAGAACCAAGAAGAUGAAACAGAUGCUCCACAGAUUUGACGAAUCCCGACAACAAUUUAAAAUUUUGCACGUGGAAACGUGAAAUUAAAAAUCUGGCACGAGAAAUUUUUGUUCCAAAAUUAUAUUAAAAUUGUGAUGUGAGUGGGUGGCAGGGUGACACAGUGGUAACGUACUCUUUGGUUCUUUCGCUAAAGUGUUUGCAGCAUUCCCAGCGUCGUCGGCUUAUCUGCCAUGCGUGCUCUACCGCCCUCCCACCUCCCUGCGCCCCGCACUACGCACCCCCCCCCUUCUCCGUAUCUCCUCCGUGGCUCCCCCCCCCCUCUCUUAUUUAUUUAGCGUCUUGUUUCACCGCAGCUCUCUUACCCAUUCCAGCAGAUGCUUAUGGCUGUGGUGGUCCCACCUGAUGACGAGCGCCUGUGUUGCGCCCGAAACGUCGUGAUUUUAUUUAUUUAUAUUUUUUUACUUUUAUUCUUUUUUACCUAACGUGACUUUACCGAAAGAACCAACGAGUAUGAAUCCUUACAGUCACGAAAACAGUGGUAACGCUUGUGCCUCGCAGCAAGAAGGGCCUGGGUGUGAUUCUAGACUCGGGGGGCCUUUUUCGUGUGAAGUUUGAAAGUCGUUCCCUUCUUCUGCACGGGUUUCCUCCGAGUUGGCUCUCAGCAAAACAUCAACACACAAUGUAACUGUUAUUGGACAAACAUCCGAAUGCUGACAAAUUUGCUGCAAAUUACUCAAUUGGGAUUACAGAGAGCAGCAUCGCGCUCCCCCUGGCAGGGCCCUCCUGAAAACGAGUCUUGAGAUUCAGCGAGGCGUUCUUGGGUAAA